AACAAAAUUUUCAUGUUUUAGCGACAAGAACUUCCGCCACUGAAGACUGUCGUCUUUCGCUCUUAUAAGAUACCCAAUUGCCCAAAAACACGAUUGGCAUUUUAGCGUCGAGAGAGAGAGAGAGAGGGGAAAUCGGAAAUGGAAGCAGUGGCUCUGUUGGGAGUCGGAGGAGGAGGAAGUGUCGGUGUGUACCGAACUCAGGGCCGAAGCAGCUUAUCCUAUUCCUCACAGAACUGUUUCCGGUGCAUCACCCGCCACCACCUCUCCUCAUUCAACUCCCCCUCUUCUCUUUUCUCAUACUCCCCACCCAAUCUUAAUGCCAAAACCCUUCAAACGAAGCCCCAUAUUUUCCUUCCCCACUUGGUCGCUGCAAUGGAGCAAGUUCAAGAGACUUACAUUAUGGUGAAGCCCGACGGCGUUCAACGCGGCCUUGUUGGGGAAAUAAUCUCUAGGUUUGAGAAGAAGGGUUUUAAGCUUGCAGGAUUGAAGCUGUUCCAAUGCCCAAGAGAAUUAGCAGAGGAGCAUUACAAAGAUCUCAAGGCCAAAUCAUUCUUCCCAAAACUGAUUGAGUACAUAACUUCUGGUCCAGUUGUGUGUAUGGCCUGGGAAGGUGUUGGUGUUGUUGCUUCUGCGCGGAAGCUUAUAGGGUCAACAAAUCCUCUUAAUGCUGAACCAGGCACCAUCAGAGGGGAUCUUGCCAUUGAAACUGGAAGGAAUGUAGUUCAUGGCAGUGACAGCCCUGAAAAUGGCCAACGUGAGAUAGCACUGUGGUUCAAAGAAGGCGAAUUAUGCCAAUGGACACCUGCCCAAGCACCAUGGCUAAAGGAGUGAUCUUUCUCCACAUUCUUCGUGGUCUCAAUUAUGAAGCAAUGCAGUUUUGAAGAAAUUGACCAAGAAUAUGUAAUUUAAAAGUCAAUUUGUUGUCCUAUACAACUUCAAGUGGUUUAAUGACUUUAAAAUUUUUAUGUUCCGGCUGUAAUUCUGUAAGCUCAAGUGAGAAUUCUUCAAUGCCAUUCUCUUGAAUGUUCGACUUAAAA